AAUGCAGCUUAUGUGACAUUCUAAUCUACAAGCUGUGAACCACGAAUUGUUUAUACAUUUGUUUAUGUUAUCCUUUUUCUAUCCACAUCUUCAACAAUCACAGAUCCAUCACAAUCCAUCACAAUCCAUUCAUCUUGUGACUACUUAAGCCCACCUCAAGUUUUAAUGUUACAUAUUUGUUGUUUAAAUUGCAACCUUUAGCUUCAAACUUGUAAGCACACUUCACAUGAACAAAAAAUUCUUCUUGCUCAAAUUCAAUGUCAUUUUAUUAGUUUAUUCUGCCACACAAAUUUCACCAUACUUAGAACAUCAAGAAGAAGAAGAGAACUUAUUCUUAAAGUUCAAUAAGGAAGCCAAAACUCAGGGGAAUUAAGCUCAUUGAGAGAUUGAUAUGGCUGGAAAAUUCAAGAAAUGCAUGGCGUUGUGCUGCACCCGAGCGCUUGUGACAGAGGAAAUAGGAAAGGACACAUGUGAGGAAGCCAUUGCAGGCCUGAAUAAGCUUCUUAGUGAGAAAACCGAGCUAAAGCCGGUGGCUGCCGCCAAGCUGAGGCAGCUGACUGCUGAGCUGGCGGGCCCACGUGGAAUUCCACUGACUACUGACCCGGUUGAAAGGAUCCGAACCGGGUUCGCCCACUUCAAGAAAGAGAAAUACGAGAAGGAUCCUGCUCUGUAUGCAAAGCUUGCCAAAGGCCAAUCCCCUGAGGCAAAACAUUCGGGGACAGGAGCUGCAAUUGAAUUUGCGGUGCUACACCUAAAGGUGAAGAACAUAUUGGUCAUUGGCCACAGCUGUUGUGGAGGUAUAAAGGGGCUUAUGUCCAUUACUGAUGAUGCCACUAAUAAUAGUGAUUUUAUAGAAGCUUGGGUCAAAAUAUGCAAAGCUGCAAAGGCCAAGGUGCAAAAUGAAUGCAGCAAAGUAGAUCUCGACAAGCAAUGCCGGCAGCUCGAGAAGGAAGCUGUGAAUGUAUCACUAGGGAACCUAUUAAGCUAUCCAUUUGUGAGGGAAGCUGUGGUCAAGAAUACCCUUUCACUGAAAGGAGCACACUAUGAUUUCGUGAAGGGUACUUUCGACAUUUGGGGCUUAGAAUCUCAGGCAUCUCCUUAUUUGAGUUUACAAUAAGUAUGGUUAUCAUGGUGUGACCAAAUCUAUUAAUAUAUAAAGAGGGAAUGAUAGUUUUUUGAAAAAAUCAAAGAGAAAAUCAGCAAAAAAAAAAAUUCAAUUCCCGCCUAAAGUUUACUAUAAUGAGAAAAGAUUUGUUGAAAAGAUUUAAUAUCCCGCCUAAAAAUUAACAUUUGUUGAAUUGAGUUUGAAAUUUUGAACUGUUUAUUUCGGCUCUUUGGAAAUAAAAUCGGAGCUUUUCACGGUUUGGAGAUAAAAUAGGAUGUGUAACAAAAAUUUAUGAUGUUUAUCCUUUUAAGAAACACAACUAAAACUUGAUUAUCUUCCCAAUAAAAAUGGAC